AAACACGCCCCCUUACGCAGGGAAUACCACAGGAAGUGGUGUCCUCCCACUGCCGUGUCUCGUCUAUAAAAAUCACACCACGCUGUCAGAACGAACCAGAUAAACGCCGCCUGAAAGUGUCCAUCUUUUAAGAAAUGCAACGUCCUCCCAAGCCGCAGUUUGCCAACUGGCUCAUCCAUCAAGUAAACAUGGGCCAGUACGAGGGAUUGUGCUUCGUCGCUCAAAACAUGCUCCGAAUUCCCUGGAAGCACAACUCGAGAAAGGACUGCAGCGCUGCCGACACUAAACUAUUUCGUGAAUGGGCAGUGGUCAGUGGUAAAAUCAAGGACUUCCCGAAUAAUAAGGCCAGAUGGAAAACCAACUUCCGCUGUAACCUCCACAACCUUGAGUGUUUCAAACUGAUUCAAGAUAACUCCAAGUCUGAUAAUCCACAUAAAAUCUAUGAGAUUAUUAACACUAAGGCGAACCAAGAAAGUAUACCAACUCAUGACCAAAUGGAGGACCUCUACAGGGCCCCCCCAGAGCAAGAAUUUGCCAAUAAUUCCAUGGUUGUAGAGCUUGGUACAGAAUAUGUCCAACAACAUCCAACUGAGCAGGGAAUCGUUUCCGUUGCUGCAAUAGCCGAGCAACCCACACAUAUUUUACCAAUAUUUCCAGAUCGGCAUCAGUUUCUGAGUAUCGACCUGGAGGUGUCCAUCCACUACAGAAACAAACAAAUGCUAAAGAUCCGCGUGAACACAGCUAGUCUCCAACUCCACCACCUCCACCAGGCACCCGUCGACUACUUUCCACUCCGUUUUCCCACCACCGAGGGCCUCAAAGACCACAAACAGAUUCAGUACACCAACAGCAUCCUGAACAGCAUCCAGAGGGGUCUCCUCCUUAUGGUGCUGGAGUCUGGUAUUUAUGCAACCAGGCAGGAUACUUGUCGGGUAUUUGCCAGCACUGAUAACUCCAACAUGGCUUUAGCAAAGCCCAGAAAAUUACCCCAAAACACCAUGGUGGAGCUCAUCAGUUUUCCAAAGUUUUUUCACGAAUUGAAACAGUAUCGUGAGAAAAAGGGAAGUUCUCCUAACUAUACUAUCACCAUGUGUUUUGGGGAGACGUUCCCUGAUGGAAAACCAUUGGAGAAGAAGCUUAUUGUUGUCCAGGUAGUCCCACUGAUCCUCCAAAACCAUCAUGAGAUGGCCCAGACAGAAGGAGCGUCGUCCCUGAACAGCGCCAAUGUCAGCCUUCAAUUCUCUAACAGCUUCUCCCUUCUUGAUUUCAUAGCGUCUAACUACAGCCCGCCAACAACUGCGUUCAGCUCAAGUUAAGCUAAGUUUAAGCUAAACUGUUGGGAUAUUUGUCAUUUGCAAAUAAAAAUAAAAUGA